GCUCGGGAUCGCUUCGCAGGUCCGACGCGUUUUCGCAAGUUUCCGGAGUUGACCACAGAAGUUCACCCAUACGAGAUGUUUUGAUUGCGUCUUCGGCGAUCUGGCCGUGUACACGGAGACACGGGACUGAUCGAACACCAAUCGACAGCGGUUCGGACGAACAGGGAAAGAACUUUGCGGACGGUCAUCUCGAACAAGGGACGUAGGCAGUUGCUUGUCACCCGACAUUACAGCGACGAUGAGGUUGACGAAGCAUUAGGAGGAGGGACGAGAUCCCACGAAUGCGGUUGUGUCAUCACAAGGCCUCUUCGAAAAAAUCUUGCUUCGUAUCGGAAUGAACAGAAUCUAGUUGACGAUUACUAACUGAUCUGACCAGUCCGUGUCUAUCUAUGGUCGUUAGUAAGUUUGUUCUAUACGACAAACAAAUAAAAUCUGUGCAAGAUAUAGUUCCCGAAUAAGAAAGAAUCAGCCGAUAAAUACAAAAUCGGAGAUCAAGUAUGGCGCAAAGUCCAACGAAGAAGCGACGCAAUUCAUUGUAAAAUCAAAAAAUUCUUGGUAUAAGAAGGACCUAUCAUAGUGGAAUCUAUAUCUCAUCCCAAUAUCUAUAAACUGCGUUGGCUAGACGGUCGAUACGCAGGGAUUUCAAAUUCUCGCCAGCUCCGAUCUUAUAAAGAAAUAUUAUUGAGGAACACUCCAAGAACCGAGGAAUCCGAAGAUUCAGAAGUCUCAGUCAAUGAGCAACUGAUAAAUCACCAGCCAUCACCAUAAGAAAAUGCAGAAGAAGAGAUUGUUGCUUUUCACAGUACCAAUUACCAUCACUUAGAGAAUAAAAUGGAUUCAUCAUUUGAAGAUAUAUUGUUCGACAUCAAAAGUGAACUAAAGGAAGCAGAACAGGAAGAAUUGAGUCCUCUCAAUCGAAACCAAACGCUUACUCUGGAAGAUUUCCAGAAUUUACAGUCGACUACCACGAAUCAUCAGCCAAGCGACAUAAGAGAAGAUUCGACUGACCAAUCAGAAUCAUCCGACAACUACUGGGACACAAACGAUCUGGAAAUAACCAAAGUCCUCAGCAAAACCAUCAAACCGCGGCUCGAGUCUUCUUAUCCCACGGAUAGAGAGAACGAAUACCUGUUGCAACGAUCAAUGGUAGCGAUCCAAAAACUACAUCGCAUUCUGGAAUACUGGGAACAAAAUUGCUAUAACUACACUAGCUAUUCAGGUGAUACUGACUGCACAAUCAGUCAACUGCAAGAACCAACUUAUAAUCGUUGCUCACCACAAGAGCUCGAUUUACAAAAGACUGAUUCCAAGAUUAUACAUCCUCUCCGUAAUAAUCCUUCUUUCCUCAACAAUCGCGCGGAUAAUAAUUUAAUCAGCGCGUCUACUUUCCCCAGAACUAGUUUAAGUAAGAUCGCCGCUCAUUCAACGUUUCAAAAGACGAUCAACGCCAUGGAAGAGUUACAGUGCCAGCUCGAACAAUGGAAGAUUAGAAGAAAGUUAGCUUGGACUAAACAUCUAAAGCUUCGAAAAACGAUUCAGGAACGCAUUGACCAGAUCACAGCAGAGACAUUAAGAUUAGAAAAGGCGAAUGUCAGCCUUGAACAGGUACUGUCGAAUCUAUUUAACGAACAGCCAGAUAAUAGCGCUAUAGAGAACUCUGAAACAAACACUCAGUUGAUGAUACCAACACACACAUCAUGUAUGAUGAAUCCAACAUCUAACAAUGCUCGCUCGGCUCCACGAAAAAUCAAAACUAAUAGGAAGCCACAACGAAAACGUAAACUUUCCUGGACAUCGUCUAAAUUAAUGAUCCAAAACAACACAAUUAGAAAUAAUGUCGUAUCGGCCUCGGAUUUUUCGGAGACAUUGUUGAAUUCUUCCACAUUUCAUCCGAUACAGACAAAUAUGAGCACAGGUAUAAAAUCCAUAUCGUCAAUUCCGGGAUCAUACAAACUUAAAAAACAAACUAAUCUCAGACACAAUAUUUGCGAUUCAGAGUCAAAUGAAAACUUAAACAAUAUCUCACAUAUGAGAUCAAAAAAAUCUUUGGAAGAAGCCAUGAACUUUAGUCACCUGAAAUAUAACCGCUAUAAUCGGAGAGACCCUAUAACGGGAAGAUUUAUUUCGAUGACACGUAGUUCGAAAUUGAAUUAAACAAAAGAGAUCUAGACAACAUUAGCAAGUGCCGAAUUCUCUGACGAUCCUAAAAAGUAAUCUAAAGGUUCUAAAACCCACCAGAAGAAUUCUCGAUCGACAUAGUUAUCCACAGCAGAGUCUAGUCUCAACAAAUAACCCGAGACACCUGUGACUUUUACGCCCAGAAAAAAAUAGUUAUUGGCCCCAGUUAUCAAAGAGUAAAAGAUGUUAUCCCACUCACGAAAUGUUACUUUUACCAAAACGGCUUCUAGAUCAAACGACUCCGCCGUGCUCUCCACAAUUUCACACGAGUCGGUUACAUAUCGCGAAGUCGCUCCGACAUAUCACUUACUACAAAGCUUGUCGACACAUAUAUCCAAGUUUUAUCAACAUACUCGUACGAAAAACUGAAGAGUCACCAACACGAGCAUCGCACAUCUCAGUCGUAACAAUCAUCAAUUCCAGUCACUUCGGGUGUUUCUGAUUUGCAGACUACACCAAUCGUUGUGAUCAAAGUUUAUAGGUUCCACGGACUCUCGGACAGUGCUGUUCUAUCUUGUCAGAGGGAAGAGGGCGGGGCAAUGUAUAACCGGAAGAAUGAUUACAAACCCCGAGAUGCUUACAGCGAAGACGAUCUCUUAUGAUUCGAGGAACUAUAAGUCUUUUAAAACUGCUUUUUUUUUUAGAUAUUUCUAGAUUAGUUACAGUUAAUCAGUGGGCCGUUGGCAGUUUUAGGAAUUCCAGCUAUCAGUUACCGAGAAAUCGUCAGUUUUCCUCAUUGGUCUACUCUCUGUGAUAUAAGGAUUCUGGAGGAUGCAUCAAACGUCAGUUCCUGAAACGUCCAUCGAGGAGCUGGACGACCAGAAUGGAGCAGUCAGCCCAGUCUCCCAUCAGAAGGGAUUUCAGGGUUGCUACGUAGACUAGAAAACGGCGACUAAUACGUUAAGUUUAGUGUUUCUUUAACCCUAUAGUGUUAGGAGGUGUCACCGCCUUUUUCUUAUGAAAACAGCGAUAUUUUGAUUGUAUAUCUGGGGAUUAGUGUCCGUAUAAAUAGGUUUUCAGCUUUAGAUCACUUUAUAUUAUCAAUUUCUUUCGUUUCAUUAUCAUUUUAUAUUCUAACCAUUAACUAUCAUCCAAGAGGGAUGGGUUUUUUUGAUUGAUGGGUCACUACCAUCUGAGGAGUAGGGAGCGGAGAAGCACUUUGUCUAAUCAAACCUAUGAAGGAAGAACAAAAUGUUUUCUGCUCAUCGAAUAGGUUACUAACCUGUCCUAAACUUUUCGGAGUGCUUCUCCGCUUCGCAUUAACCUCCGCGUUCUUAGAUUAAAUUAAAAUAAUCACGCACCUGUCUGUGAACACGAGUUAUGUCCAGUCAUAACAUUUUUAAUUUAUUUCUAUAGCCAAGCUUUAUUUCUUUUUCUUUCUUUACUUUUUAAAUUAUUUUUAUUAAUAUUUCUUUAUUAUCAUUUAUAUCAAUUUAUUUAUAUUAAUAUUUUUUUAUUUCUUUAUUUUUAUCAAAAAAUUAUUUCUUUCUAUCCUAAUUAGACAUGAGUUGCAACCCACUCUAAUCGUUGAUUAAUAGGUACAUCCUAGUCAUUUAAUUUAUCUUAUUUGUUUAGUCCACGGAGAUUCAGGAUUUUUCAGUGCUAACCUGUACUCCAAUAUCUUGUGUUCACAGGUGGUACUAACCAGCGAAGGCUGACUACGUAAAAUUGGCUAACAAUAACUUAGAUGUACAGCCAAGCAACUCUAGACGGUUCUUAUUAGUAAAUCAGGGUCUAUGGACUAAAACUUUAUGUAAUAAUUAAGUUUAUAGAUUUUAUUUUUACAACCACAAUUGUUUGGUUGUCAUAAUUGGCCAUUACCAGGACUAGUAAAAACCGUCCAGAGAAGCGAUUAAGAUUUGCUUGUCAGCAUGCGACUAUUUCGUGUUUUUUUCUUAUCUCAUAGCGACUAAUUGAAAGUUCAACAUUUUUUAUUUGCUUUCACCAGCACAUUGGUCCGCUCAGCACUUCACAUGGGUUUCACCAAGUAAUGACCUGUAUAAUAUCUUAUAUAUACUCAGAUAGUCUGUUUCCAGUAGGUUCCAAUGUGCGAAAGCUGUUCAAUAAGUCUGUGCGAAAAUAAAGAUAUUUUUUUUUUAAAAGUCAAC